AUGAACCGGAACAAGCGUGAGAAGGAAUACUAUAGCAUAGAUGUGGGCGACUCAACUUUUAUGGUUUUGAAGCGCUACCAGAACCUCAGACCUAUUGGAUCUGGAGCACAGGGAAUUGUUUGUUCAGCUUACGACCACAACUUGGAGAGGAACGUCGCCAUCAAGAAGCUGAGCAGACCCUUUCAGAAUCAAACUCAUGCGAAACGAGCCUACAGAGAACUAGUGCUCAUGAAAUGCGUCAACCACAAGAAUAUAAUCGGUCUAUUAAAUGUAUUCACACCACAGAAGACACUGGAAGAGUUCCAAGAUGUCUAUCUAGUUAUGGAGUUGAUGGAUGCCAACCUCUGUCAGGUUAUUCAGAUGGAGCUGGACCACGAGAGGCUCUCCUACUUGCUCUACCAGAUGCUUUGUGGAAUCAAACACUUGCAUGCGGCUGGAAUCAUUCAUAGGGACCUGAAGCCAAGUAACAUUGUGGUCAAGUCCGACUGCACACUAAAGAUCCUGGACUUUGGCCUGGCCAGGACAGCUGCCACAGGUCUCCUCAUGACGCCCUAUGUAGUCACCCGCUACUACCGUGCCCCUGAAGUAAUUCUAGGCAUGGGUUAUCAAGCUAACGUUGAUGUCUGGUCUGUUGGCUGCAUCAUGGCUGAAAUGGUCCGGGGUAGUGUGUUGUUUCCAGGCACUGAUCAUAUAGACCAGUGGAAUAAGGUGAUAGAGCAGUUGGGAACGCCAUCUCAAGAGUUCCUGAUGAAGCUCAACCAAUCGGUCAGGACCUACGUGGAGAACCGACCACGCUACGCCGGCUACAGCUUCGAGAAGCUCUUCCCCGAUGUUCUGUUCCCUGCGGAUUCUGAACACAACAAAUUGAAAGCAAGCCAAGCCAGAGACCUGCUGUCUAAGAUGCUGGUCAUAGAUGCUUCCAAACGGAUCUCUGUGGACGAGGCCCUUCAGCACUCUUAUAUCAACGUCUGGUAUGACCCCACUGAAGUGGAGGCACCGCCACCGGCGAUCACUGACAAACAGCUGGAUGAGCGGGAGCAUACUGUGGAGGAGUGGAAAGAAUUGAUAUACAAAGAGGUCCUUGACUGGGAAGAAAGAACAAAAAAUGGUGUUAUCAGAGGACAGCCAGCAUCCAUAGGUGCAACAGUGAGCAGCGACCCCCCGCAGCAGCACCAGCACCCCAACGCCACGCCCUCCCAGGCCCAUGUCGCCUCCACGUCCACAGAUGCUGAAUCAGGUGGUGCGCUGGGCCGCUGCAGGUGA